GCGACUGAGGCACACCACUGUACAAGCCAGUCAGUAUUCUCCCGACCGCCGGGGUGUGUUGGUGUACGUGCGUUGUUGCAUGGUCUCCCAUUUUCUUGUUGAGAUGGUUGCGCUAGCAUCUCGGUCGCGUACUGAUUAGGUUUCUGUGGAGGAACAAGCGAGCCUGAUGUCCUGUUUACAGUGUGGAGUCCAUUUCUGCCGAAGUGCGAGAGCCACCUUUACUGUAUUGAGGCGGUUCCUUCCUGUUUUAUGAUGGCCCCGUUGUACAGUAGGGGGCCUGAGCGUGUUGGUGUAGUCUUGAGGUGGACCCAGUAAGAUGGACUACUUAACGACGGGUGAAGAUACGGACGACGAGAACCCUCCCGACGAGGAGGACUUGCCUAACGAGGUUGUACACCAGAAGAGCCGACUCAGACACCGCUGCCUGCGAUCACACUGCAGGAUUGGGACGCCCCUUAGCCACAGUAGGGAACAGCAGCAACAUUACAACCACAGCAGGGAGCAGAACCAGCAUAUCUAUGGGCAUAUCACUUUAGAACGGCAGAACAGGAACGUGCAGACCUACAGACAUCCUACUUCAGAAGAGAACACGGAUAUCUAUAAACAUUCCAACUUGGAGUGGGAGAACGACGCUCGCUUUUACGAGCCGAACGUAAGACGCCAGAACACGGACACCUCCAGGUCUUCGUACUCUGAACGCCACAACGCUCACGGGAAUACCCGUCAUUAUUCCGACAGGGAAACUGAAUUCACGCUUGAUUUAGGGAGAAUUCUGGUAGCGAUCUCUAAAGUAGAAGAGCAGCAGGAAGGCGGUAGUUUGACUGAGGUGUCUUAUAUAAAGGAAGAUCUGCUUGCACUUCUGUCUGCGCCCGAUUCUCCUCUAGCUCCACUACACGGAGGCCUCAGGUCCUCCACUUCAGAAGCAAACUCGGCGUUUUCUGAAAGGUCAGAGACACCUUCAGUUUGUUCUGGAGUAUCAGUAUCAUCCUCCACGUCUUCUGGAGUAUCAAUAUCGUCCUCCACGUCUUCUGUAGUAUCAGUAUCGUCCUCCACGUCUUCUGGAGUAUCAGUAUCGUCCUCCACGUCUUCUGGAGUAUCAGUAUCACCUUCCACGUCUUCUGGAGUAUCAAUAUCGUCCUCCACGUCUUCUGUAGUAUCAGUAUCGUCCUCCACGUCUUCUGGAGUAUCAGUAUCACCUUCCACGUCUUCUGGAGUAUCAAUAUCGCCUUCCACGUCUUCUGGAGUAUCAGUAUCGCCUUCCACGUCUUCUGGAGUAUCAGUAUUGCCUUCCACGUCUUCUGGAGUAUCAGUAUCGCCUUCCACGUCUUCUGGAGUAUCAGUAUCGCCUUCCACGUCUUCUGUAGUAUCAGUAUCGUCCACGUCUUCAGUAUCGCCUUCCACGUCUGGAGUAUCAAUAUCGCCUUCCACGUCUUCUGGAGUAUCAGUAUCGCCUUCCACGUCUUCUGGAGUAUCAGUAUCGUCCUCCACGUCUUCUGGAGUAUCAGUAUCGCCUUCCACGUCUUCUGGAGUAUCAGUAUCGCCUUCCACGUCUUCUGUAGUAUCAGUAUCGCCUUCCACGUCUUCUGGAGUAUCAGUAUUGCCUUCCACGUCUUCUGGAACAUCAGUAUCGCCCUCCACCACCAUUGGAGUAUCGGGGACGUCCUUCACUUCCGGAUUAUUGGAGACGACUUCUACACUACUAGAACUCUGCUCUGUGGGUAACGUUUCCAUUAUGUUACCUGGCGGCAGCAGCAGCACCAUCACCACUGCCCCAUCUGUCUCUUGCACCACCAUCAACCCCUUUUCCACUACUAACUCUUCACCUAUAUCCACCUGCUCCUCCACCCUCGUCCCGUGUUCUCCACCUCCUCUUUACCCUGUCCUAUCCUCAGCCUGUCCACGUCACCUGCCCUGCACCCCGGCACUCAUUUCCUUAGCCACCAGACCCAGGCCGACACCCUCUGUGUCUUCAGCUACCAGUCCGUCAUCUCUCAGCCCUCCUACCUCUAGCCACCCUCCUACCUCUAGCCCCCCUCCUACCUCUAGCCCCUCCUACCUCUAG